CGCGUUACUUUUUCGCUCGAGUGGAACAAUGGGGUAGCUAAUAGGUUCCUCCCAUCAGCCAUCAGGGCUGUCUCUAUUUCUGCCUGAGGGAAAAGAGCAAAAGCGCAAGCGUCAAGAAGACACUCAAUUGGCCGUCUCCUCCCCACUAAGGCCCAGCGGUUCACGCAAUUAAACUGAGUCGGGCGCGCCUUUUGGAGGCGAGCGAAACAGGAGUUUGUUGGUGGGAUCGAUGUGCUUCUUGUGAAGGGACGUCACUGUUCCUCCUGCUGUUGCUGUUAAGGCAGCAAGGAAACAAGCUUGGCUAACCGAGCGAGGCUAUCAAGAUGUUCGUGGCUCGAAGCAUUGCGGCCGAUCACCGCGACCUCAUCCACGAUGUUUCAUUUGACUUCCAUGGGCGGCGCAUGGCGACCUGCUCUAGCGACCAGAGUGUCAAGGUUUGGGACAAAAGUGAAAAUGGAGAAUGGCACUGUACCGCCAGCUGGAAGACGCACAGUGGGUCCGUCUGGCGUGUUACAUGGGCACAUCCAGAGUUUGGACAAGUCUUGGCUUCCUGCUCUUUUGACAGAACAGCUGCUGUGUGGGAAGAAAUAGUAGGAGAGUCAAAUGAUAAACUUCGAGGGCAGAGUCACUGGGUGAAGCGGACUACUCUGGUGGACAGCAGGACAUCGGUUACCGAUGUAAAGUUUGCUCCCAAGCAUAUGGGUCUUAUGUUAGCAACAUGUUCAGCAGAUGGUGUUGUUAGAAUAUAUGAAGCUCCAGAUGUUAUGAAUCUCAGUCAGUGGUCGCUUCAGCAUGAAAUCUCAUGUAAACUUAGUUGCAGUUGUAUUUCUUGGAAUCCUUCAAGCUCUCGCGCUCAUGCACCUAUGAUAGCUGUAGGAAGUGAUGACAGCAGUCCAAAUGUAUUGGCAAAAGUGCAAAUCUAUGAAUACAAUGAAAACACCAGGAAGUAUGCAAAAGCAGAAACUCUUAUGACAGUCACAGAUCCUGUGCAUGAUAUUGCGUUUGCUCCAAACCUGGGAAGGUCCUUCCAUAUAUUGGCUGUAGCUACCAAAGAUGUACGCAUUUUCACAUUAAAACCACUAAGAAAGGAACUGACAACAUCAUCAGGGCUGACAAAAUUUGAGGUACAGUUAGUGGCUCAGUUUGAUAACCACAAUUCACAGGUGUGGCGUGUAAGUUGGAACAUUACAGGCACAGUGCUUGCAUCUUCAGGAGAUGAUGGAUGUGUAAGGCUUUGGAAAGCUAAUUACAUGGACAACUGGAAGUGCACUGGAAUUUUGAAAGGUAAUGGAAGCCCAGUCAAUGCUAGUUCUACUCAGCAAGGAGUUUUUAAUGCUCCUUUAGGCACAGCCAAUACAAGCCUCCAGAAUUCAGUAAAUGGCACAUCUGCUGGCAGGUAUUUCUUUCCCCCUCUGGAUUCCCCACGGGCUGGAUCAAGAUGGUCCAGUUAUGCCCAGCUCCUACCACCUCCUCCUCCUCUGAUAGAGCACUCUUGUGAUGCUGCUACUGCCAAUCUCCAGUAUCCUCACCCUCGCAGACGAUAUAUCUCUCGACCUCUUAAGCUCUUACGUGAACACGAAGGGGUUUAAUACACAUUUAAAUUAUCAGAUGCUUGUAAAAUAUUUGCAUUUUUGUCUGCUUAUUGUUAUUUUGCAUAUUUUCUCCCACCAGAAUCCACCAUGAUAGUGCUUAUGCACCAAAUGCUAGCCUGACCAUCCAUGAAACAAAUAAGCAGUAUUAAGUGUGAGUCAUACACAACAGAUGAGUUCAAAGUGCUUGUUUGAUCAAUUUUUUAGUAUUCAGUCUGUUGUGAUAUUUUCAUUUUAAUGGGUUUUGUCUGUAUCCUGCAUGGUUUUUGGAAAUGUAUCCUUAAAACUAAGUAGAACUUGAAUAAAACUGUUCUAUGGUGUGGAGGCAAAAUAUUUAAAUUUCUUCAUCACCAGCAUCAAACUUCUAGGUGACCAGGCUUUUGGGCCAUUUUCCAGCCCUGGGUAAUAGUAAUGAAAUGAAAUGCUAAAGUAGUAUGGAAUAGUUUGUGCAUUCUGCAGCAAUAUAAAAUUACUAGCGGUUUUAGUCACUUGCAAACAUUUUCACCUUCUUGCAUAAAAAUAUUUACGCUACAUUGUUUUGUAAUUGUAGGUUAAUAAAAUGUUUGAAAAGUUACAUAA